CAAAUGUUGGUAAUAUAGUUAAAUUUCAAACGGGAUUUGCUAAGAACAAGACUCACGUGAUCAAUCUGUGAUUAGCCAGGAAACACACGAUCGUUUUCGCGCUUCGGUGACGUCAUUAAAUUGAGGCGUGCAAAGGAUUCCAUUUAGUUUUAUUGGAAAGUUUAGUGAUAAGCAUGGAAUUUAGCACUUGUGGGUUGAGUAGAGAUUUUAUCUGAGGUUUUCAUUUGUGAAAAUACAUAACGACCGUCUGAAUAUACUAUGAAAUAGUUUAACGUAUAGCUUGGAGUACCUGAAGAAUAGACUUAUAUACAUGCGAUAAAUAUGAGGGGACUUAACUUUAAUUCAGAUCUGUGAUAAAUGGUGAGGUAUAUUAGAACAUGAGUCUGCUGUCUAUAGCACGGGCUAUUACUGUACGUCUUUUGUUUGUGUGUCACGGGAUGCUUACAAUAUGGCGCGUGUGUUUGGUUACUAAGGACGACAAAUAUUGGUAUCUAGGGUGUGUACUUGGAUUAUUAGUGGUGGAACUUGCAAUUACCUUAGGCUUAAAAGGCGGAAAAGAAUGGAAAUGGUUUUGUCCAAGUGUGUUUAUAUAUUUGAUGUGUAUUGUUCCUGCUAUAUGGUUUUUAGAACUUUAUGAGAUGGAAAAAAGACUGUCAUAUCGUGAAGAAAGUACAAAUACCUCUUUAGUUGCAUAUAAUGAAACUAUGGAAGAAAUGAGUGCUACACUGGGUAGUGUGUUAGGUGUUAAGUUUGAAAUAAGAAUUCCAAUAUUAUUAUCAUCUGAUGAGUGGAUCAGAACAUUAGAACAAGUUCUAUUAUUAAUCUUGAUAAUAGGACGAUGGUUGUUGCCUAAAGGAAAAUUAACUCAUGACCAAUUAUCACAGUUAUUGUUAGUGUAUAUCGGAACAGCAGCGGACAUCGUGGAAUUCUUUGAAGCUUUUAAAGAAGAAAAGGUGAGAAAUAAUCAGCUGUUGUGUAUGAUUAUUCUUGGAAUAUGGUCACUAAGCUUGAUUCGAUUUUCAUUGGUGUUGACAGCAUCGAGAUCUAGACAGGACUAUACGGGGCUUGUUCCUAUGACGCCCGAAGUGGAAAAGGGGUGUUGUUCGGCAGAUGUGUACGGGAUUAUCAUAUCUAUAUUACUACAAGAUGCACCAUUCCUUGUGCUUAGAAUGUUACUUAUAUUUAAAUACAACGUUCUAAGUUACACAAACAUGUUUUUCACGUCCAAAAACACCAUUGUGAUAACCCUUUUGGUGUACAGACUAGUUGUGGUUCAAAUCGAGAAACGCGCCGAACAAGAUGUUGACUACAAUAAGUAUCGCUUUCCUUACGAUCCUCGAUCGAAAAGAUAUCUCGACUCUAUCUCGCUAUCCAGUAGUAAGAGCAGUAUUGGUAGUAAAAACAAACUUGUCGUAAACAACAGUAACCAUAACGCCCCUCAUAGCAACGGUUUCUAUGACACGUCGAGGCAGAUGCGCCUAAAGUUAGACCAAGAUCGAGUUGGAACGACUUACACGCUGCAGGAUUUAAAUUCACCUGUUUAAAGACAGCGACUUCCUUGAUAUCUGUGAGAAACGUCAUCGUUUUUUGUGUACUGGUAGUAUAUAUGCGCACAAGAGAAACUGGAUACACGAACUGUAUAAUUAUUAAAAGAUGUUUAUGAUAUCUAGACAGAAGCUAAGUGAAUAUGGAUUAAAACUUCGUUUUCGUUUCUUUAAACAUGGAUUAUUAUUAAAGUGAUUAUGAAUGGAUCUUUGAAUGAGUACCAAUAUAUGAUUUUUAUUGUGAAAGAUUGCCAUUUUUAUUAAUAUUCCUUUUACAUUUUUUUUUGAAAGACCCACUGUAGAUGUUUUUUAAUCAUCAUAAGCAUUGUUUCCCUUUUCUAUGAUCUUCAAUAAUAGGAUAGUCCCACUUUGACUCUUGUUUUUAAUGUAGAAAACAACCGCACUUGAUUAAUGGAUUAAUGACAGGUACUUAGUAUCUGCAUUGCCCAUUUUAGAUUUUCCACAUAUUCGCAGUAUUUAUAACGCCAUACACAUAAUUUGUACUACCAGUUUUGAUUAGAUAUGUGGAAUGGAUAAAGUAAGUAUUAUUGUGGUAAUAUGUUUUGGACACAACGUUCGACUGCAUAUUGAAAGCCUUUACUCCUGUUUCGACAUAAGGUGGUGUUGUAGAAAAAUGAAUUUCCAAAAUGAUAAUGUUAAGAGAUAUGGUCGAAAUUGACUGGCAGCGCGUCUCUGGAAGUCUAAAAUAAGCAAUGGUGGAUUCUGAGUAUACCCCGAGAUGUCGCAAUACCCCCAGAUUCACAAUGUCUUUGAAAAUUACUGUAAUAAAAUAUUUUCAAUUCGUUCAAA